AGCCUGUUGCUGUUUUCACUUGAGCGGUACAGAGAGUGUCUGGACUGAAGCGAUGGCUCUGCUAAUGGAGCACCAGUUCAGACAGCUGCCAGCUGACAGACAGGUGGAAACCAGACCGUUCCUGGAGGCUGUGUCAUACCUUCCACCAUUCUUUGACUGCCUCGGUUCAACUAUCUUUGCACCGAUCAAAGCUGACAUUUGUGGGAACAUCACAAAAAUCAAGGCAGUUUAUGAUACAAACCCGGGUCGCUUCAAGACUCUUCAGCAGAUUUUGGAGGCAGAGAAGGAAAUGUACGGAGGAGAGUGGCCCAAAGUCGGAGCAACGUUGGCGCUCAUGUGGCUAAAAAGAGGUCUAAGAUUUAUACAAGCAUUCCUUCAGAGCCUGGUGGAUGGUGAAAAAGACGACAACAACCCCAACCUCAUCCGCGUCAACGUCACCAAAGCCUAUGAAAUAGCCCUGAAAAGGUAUCAUGGCUGGCUGGUGCAGCAACUCUUCAAGGCAGCUCUUUUUGCUGCUCCGUAUAAAUCAGAUUUCCUGAAGGCCCUCUCCAAAGGUCGGGAUGUCAAGGAAGAAGAAUGCUUGGAAAAAAUCCGAAAAUUUCUGAUCAACUUUUCUGCCACUGUUGAUGCGAUUUAUGAGAUGUUCAAUAAGAUGAAUGCCGACCUUGACUACACAGUGUGACUGCAGGACGAUCCUCUGUCUCCUCGUUUAGUCAUUUAAAAUAUGCAGCUCUGCAGUUCGUCCAUCGACAUGGCUCACAUCAUCUGAGAGCUCAUCUCAUGUUUGUGCACUUUUUAUCAUCUGUGUGGCUGUGCUGGUUUCCUCACUUCACACUGCUCUCAUCAACAUGUAAAGAAUAUACUGAAAAGGAAAGUACAAUUUGAACCAACCACAUUAAUACAAAAUCAUUAAAUGGGUGAGUUUUGUCUCGUUAACAAUCAUAAAUAGAAAUGCACUAUGUAAAAUAGUUUUAGAACACAAGUAAGUAGGCGAUACAAACAUGUAUAUGAAAUGUCUUUGUGAAUAUAGAAAAGAAUUUGUUGUUGAAUGCACAAUUUCUCAAUUAGUUUCAAACAUUUCCUUGAAUUUUUUUCACGUAUCUUAUUUGUUAAGAGUGUCUUGUUACCUUAAAGUAAUAUAAAAUGGAUAUUAUCUUUAAAACAUGGUUUAUGCUCUGAGCUAAAAAGUGUAGAUUUAGUUUUUACUAAAUUUGAUUUAAACAUGUCUUGUUAAGGAAAAGCUAUCCAGGACUGAGAUGAUAAAGUUUCUACUUUUUAAUCAAAGUUUGAUUAUUUUAUAACAUGAUCCUCAGUCCUUUAUUAAUAACUUUGCAAUCGUAUUCAGUAACUCUCUAUUAUUUUAACCUGAAAAUAACUGCUUUGUUAGCAUUUCUUGUAUGUAAAUGCCCUGCCAUGUUGCACUUGUGCCCCUAGCAGAAGGUAAAGAUCACAUUUCAGUGACUUUGUCUCACCUUUCCUCUUAAAUCAGUUCUUUCUAUACAUAUCAGCCUGUGUAAACAAUAUGACUGAUUCCUCAGACAUGGACUCCUGAUAUUCUAUAUAUUGAUAUUCUUCCACGUCCAUGCCUUUGUCUAUUUUUGUCUAUUCUUCAUCACCUCCUCGUGCUUAUGGAACAUUUUUACUCUUUUCGUCUUUGUCACAGAAAUGAUAUUUUUCACAACCAUACUUUGUCGUCUUUACUUGGAAAACUUCACAAAAAAGCUGAUCUGUCAUUAGGUUUCAGUGUGUGCACAGCAUAAAACACAUUUUUCUUUCACCUUGCAUAAUAGAAACAACACCUUUGAAAUUGUUUGAUUUCUCUUGUGCAUUUCCACAUCUGUACAUUUAUACAGUUUCUAGCUACUAGUUUCUAGUUCUGAUGUUUAAUUGCACUCAGAGAGAAACAACUUUAGGCACUUUUUAAUUUUUAACAGAUCUGGUAAUAAUAAUAUAAAAUGCUGUUUACAUCCCUCCUUCAUGUAAGACUCAACAUUCCAGAGACCUGUUCCUGCAUUGGCAUUUUAAAUUAUUUAUGUAUUGACAUUUUUUUUUACAUUUCUGUACUUUGUUUGCAUGAUAUUAUUUGAACAAGUUGUGGAAUUAAUUAUGUUUUCCAGAUUUGAUAUUUCUGUAUUGAUAUUGAUUUUACUUUUCAUGUUUGACCUUACUCGAGUAACAUUCCAGGGAAAGGAGUGCUGUGUGUCAGCAGUUUUAUAGAUUAAAAUCUAAUCACAGACUUGCUAAUUGGUAAAACUUCUUCUGCCACCUGUUAAGAUCUUCUCCUUUGAAUCGUGUACACAUAGCUGUAGUGUGAUGCUGAUGAGAGAGCUGUGAGGUGGACGUACAUUGUGAGCUGUGUCAGUGUUGCAGCGCUUCACAUCUGCACUCAUUAAAAGUUUAAUUGGAUUCCUCUGUCAGAACUAACGCCUGCAUAAGUCUGAGUUUUUCAUGCAGACGUCUGCUCAUGCUCUGUAUGAAUUCACCUGCAAUAAA